UCGAGUUGUCGCAAGUAGAACGCAAGUAGAACGCGUAGAGUUGGCCAGAGUUGACUAGGGUUUUAGAACGCGCACAUUGUAGUGUUGAUCACGAAUGUUGAUACUUCACGCGUGUUGUAAACGGUAUCUGCGAAAUACGUAUACUCAAGUAAAGUUUGAAUGAUGAUGAUGCUCAAGUAAUUAUAAUAUAAUAAAUAACCAGUCCGGGAUGAUGAAGCUGACCGUCCUCAGAUUCAAUUUUUGUCAAAUAUAAACGCGGUACGUGUCCAUACUGUUUAUUCCGAAACUAGCCUAACCUAUCUGGUGACCUACUGGAAUUGCGUAAACAGGAUGGAACUGCAAAAGGCGUGUGUCGGAUACCUGAGCAAUUACGAGGUAUUGGAAAUCUUGCAAGGGGCUAAAUCUAACAAGCAGCAUCGUAAGCCCCAUAAUCAGUUGGCUACGAUUAGUUAUCAAACUAUAAGAUACCUGGAGGACACACCAUCUAAGAAACAUACACCAGAAUCAAUUACAGGAUUUUUGAAAGCAGUCCAAGCUUUUAAGUUGACCAAAUGUGAAAAGCUUACCCUACUUAAUUUGUGUCCGACGACUGCGCUUGAAAUUCAAUUGGUAAUCGAAGAUAGUGAAGAGAGGUUGACAGAAGACGAAGUAAACUCCUUGCUCCAAGUGAUCGCAACACACCUGGGUAACGAUAAGACAAAUGAUAUGGAAAUGGAUACUGACCAGUAAGACGUGUGUUAUGGAUAGCAACUGAUAAUCAUUUAGCUUAUUUUAUGUACAUUUAUUUAUAAUAAACAUCCGAGGUCAUGACAAAAUAUCAAUUAGCAUACGUAAA